AUGAUGCGUGUAUCAUUGUUUUGUAUACUUUUUACAAUUAUUUUUGCUGCUGGACAAGAACAAGAUGGUUUAGUCAAUACAAAUGUUGAACGAACUCUUGAUCUUGUUUCACAUUUACCAAAAGAAACAAUAAGUGUAACAAUCGAAAAUCGAGGAACAAAAGGAGCACGGUAUUAUGAUUAUUAUGUUGAACCACAACAUGUUAAUAAUGUUGCUUACGUUGGAGCUGUUGUUAAAGCUAAAGAUAAUGAUGAUCAAGGCAGUUUACCAAUAAAACAAGAAGCUACUGAUAAGACAAAAGGAGCUGUUUAUCGUAUUGAAUUACCAAAUGAUCUUCGUGCUGGUCAAACAAUUACACUUGAAAUCGAAGUUGCUCAUGCUCAUGCUCUUCGUAUGUAUCCCGCAGAAAUUACACAAGCUGAACGACAAUUAGUAUUAUAUAAAACUAAUGCUUAUUAUUAUUCACGUUAUACAACACAAACACAAAAAACUACAGUUACAUUACCAACAGAUCGUGCUGAAUCGUAUACACAAACACCAAAACCUGUUGCUAAAAAUGAUCAAACAAUAACGUAUGGACCAUAUGAAAAUGUUGCAUCAUUCACACGAAAUGAUAUAUCAUUACAUUAUGAAAAUAAUAAUCCAUUUUUAACUGUUAGUAAUUUAAACCGUUGGAUUGAAAUAUCACAUUGGGGAAAUAUAGCUGUUGAAGAAACAAUUGAUAUAUAUCAUAGUGGUGCUAAAUUAAAAGGACCUUUUUCAAGACUUGAUUUUCAACGACGACAAGAGAGUUAUUCAGCUGUAAAAACAUUCAAAACAUCAUUACCAGCUUCUGCUCGUGAUGUUUAUUAUCGUGAUGAAAUCGGUAAUGUUUCAACAAGUCAUGUUAAAGAAAUGCAAGAUCAAGUUGAAGUUGAAAUUCGUCCACGUUUUCCAUUAUAUGGCGGUUGGAAAACUCAUUAUAUACUUGGUUAUAAUGUUCCAUCAUAUCAAUAUCUCUUCAAUAAAGGAAAUCAGUAUGUUCUUAAAAUGCGUCUUAUUGAUCAUGUUUAUGAUGAUCAAUUACUUGAACAAGUUACAAUUAAAAUAGUUUUACCUGAACAUACACGUAAUAUUGAAUUUUAUCCUCCACCAUAUGAUGUUCAACGUUUAUCAAAUGAAAAACAUUAUACAUAUUUGGAUACAGUUGGUCGUCCAGUUAUUGUUAUAACUAAACGUAAUAUGCUUUUUCAACAUAUACAAGAUUUUGAAAUUCAUUAUACAUUUGAUAAGAUAAUGUUAUUCAAUGAACCAAUGUUAAUUGUUAUACCAUUAUUUGGUUUAUUUUGUUUAGUUAUUGUAUUAGUUCGUUUAAAUUUUUCAAUAACACAUAAUGAAAGUAAUGAAGUACGUAUGCGUAUUCAAGCAAUAUGGGAUCAAGUUGUUGAAUUUAAUUUAAAACGAACAAGUUUUUAUCAAAAAUUAGAUGAUGCAUUAAAUACAUAUAAAACAAAUAGAGAUUUAAAAAGUUAUAAUGAACAACGUAAAAAAAUCGAAAGCGAAAUUAAAACUAUUCAACAAGAUUUAAUAGGUUUACAAGCAAAAAUUAAAGUUGAUAGUAUUGAUUCAGCUGAAAAGAUUGCCGAAUUACAACGACUUGAUACUCAACAACGUGAAGUUCAACAAUUAUUAAGUAGUCUUGCUGAAAAACUUGUUGGCGGUAAAAUACCAAAACAAAAUUAUAUAGAUCAAGAACAAAUAGCACGUAAUAAGUUGCGUGAAAUUAAUAAAAAUAUAUCGGCUAUUAUUAAUCAAUAUUGA